GUCUCCCCAGUCCUCAUUCAAAACAGAACACAGCUGUUGCGAGGCACAUCGCUCUGGUCGCUAGCCUAGCUGUCUUUCUGCAGUCUUCAGUUGCUUCAUAUGGGCUGGACGUGUGUUAUAUCCCAAAAUACAUUGGUGCACUUUGCUGAGAGACAGCAAGACUGAAGCGGAAGAGGAGGCCAGGAUUAAAGAGGCCGCACGGAGGUGGGGAGGCCAGCCAAACGCUACAGCACCAUGCGCCUGAUCUGACACACAACCAGUAAGCACCGCCUCAGCUGUCCCAGCUCGUUGAAGGGCCAGGUGGGCUUUGCUGCAACAGAGGAUGAAGAGCGGUCUCCUGCGCUAAAGCUGGAUGGUGUGGGAAUGAUGGAUGUCCCCAAUGGCCAAUCGGUGGUUAGCACAGCAGCUGCCACCAUCUCUGAGAGGAGCAUCAGCUCAGAGUCUCUCAGUGAUAAGGGUUCAGAGCUGAAGAAGAGCUUUGACGCAGUCGUGUUUGAUGUUCUAAAGGUCACACCAGAGGAAUAUGCAGGCCAGAUUACACUCAUGGAUGCCCCGGUGUUCAUCGCCAUCCAGCCAGAGGAGUUGUCGAGCUGUGGCUGGAAUAAGAAGGAGAAGCACAGCUCUGCACCCAACGCUGUAGCCUUCACACGCAGGUUCAACCAGACCAGCUUCUGGGUGGUGCGGGAGAUACUCCACGCACAAACGCUGAAGAUCAGAGCAGAGGUGCUGAGUCUGUACAUACGCACUGCCAAGAAACUGUGCGACAUGAACAACCUGCAUGCGGUCAUGGCGGUGGUUUCGGGCCUGCAGAGCGCUCCCAUCUUCAGACUGAGCAAGACGUGGGCGUUACUGAGUCGGAAGGACAAGGCGUCGUUUGAGCGUCUGGAGUACCUGAUGGCCAAAGAGGACAAUUACAAGCGUCUCAGGGACUACAUACGCAGCCAGAGUAUGGUGCCCUGCAUCCCUUACCUAGGCAUGUACCUGUCUGACCUGACCUACAUUGACUCCGCCUACCCCUCCACCGGCAGUAUCCUGGAGAACGAACAGAGGUCCAACCUGAUGAACAAUAUCCUUAGGAUCAUAUCAGAUCUGCAGAGAUCCUGCAUCUGCGACAUACCAGUGUUGCCUCACGUCCAGAAGUAUCUCAACUCGGUCAGAUAUAUCGAGGAGCUGCAGAAGUUUGUGGAAGAUGACAACUACAAGCUGUCCCUGAAGAUCGAGCCAGCCACCACCACACCACGCGCUCACAUCUCCAAAGAGGACCUUGUUGGUCAGGAGGUGUCCGCCUCGCCUCUCUGUGGCCGCAAGGGAACAAUAGCCCCCGAGGGCGCCAAGGUCUCGGCCACACCCCCCUCGCCCCGCAACCUGCUGCCCUACAGCCACAGGAAGAGCCACAGCCUGGGCUACAACUUCAUCCACAAGAUGAACACGGUGGAGUUCAAGAGCGCCACCUUCCCCAACGCGGGCUCCCGCCACCUCUUGGACGACAGUGUUAUGGAGAGCCACACCCCAACCCGAGGUCAGGCGGAGAGCUCCACCCUGUCCAGCGGCAUCUCCCUGGGAAGCAGUGAAGGCUCCGAGCUCAGUGAGGAGAUGUCGUGGCCGGCUUUUGAGAGGACUCGCUUCUAUCACUCUCUGGGCCCAGUGACCCGCGUGGCCCGCAUCUCCUACAGAGGCGUCCUCAGGGCCAGCAGCUCUGCAGAGUCUGAGGAGCUGGCUGUCCACUUGUAUCCAGGAGCAGCGACGGUCCAGGGGGUCUUGAGACGCAAGACAGUCCUCAAGGAAGGCAAGAAACCCACGGUUGCCUCUUGGACAAAGUACUGGGUGGCUCUCUGCGGCGCACAGCUCUACUUCUACCCUGCCAAAUCCCUCAAGGCCACUGAGAGGAAGCACUUCAAGUCGACGUCUAGUAAAACCGUGUGUGUGGUUGGUCUGAUGGCCAUGAUGACAGACGACCCAGAGCACCCCGACAUCUUCCUCCUGACGGACUCGGAGAACGGUAACACCUACAAGUAUCAGGCAGGAACUCGAACCAAUGCCCUCAUGUGGUUCAAAUAUCUGAGCACGGCUUGUCAGAGCAACAGGCAGCAGGUGCCAGCCAAUCUCAUGUCAUUUGAGUGACCGACAAAAAUGAUGGUGGUCGAGGAGCAGGAAGAGGAGGAGGACUAAGUCCCCCUGUGAUGAAAAGCCAGCAGCAGGAGGUGCAGGACGAGAAGACAGCCCCCUAGGAUGAACAAAAAGCAAGCGGAGGAGUGGGAGGACGAGGACUGUUGUCUCAGUAGUGGGAGUAGUUCACUGCCAUGAGUCCCCACCGCCGCAACCCUGCGUCCAGUCCACGCCCCCCCCCCCCCCCACCCCGCCCCUCUCCAACAAAAACGCCCUCCCCUUUCCCUGCCAAUCUUGUGCCGGCCUCUGCAAUCGUCUCCCGCCACCACUGCCUUAACCAGAGACCGUCCCUUCCUGUCCCCCUCCUCCCCAACGCCACGUGUCUGUGAGACGAGUGGGGCCGACAUGGCUGUAUUCAACUACUGAACAAGGACCUGUACCACUACUUCUUCUGUUGCCCUCUCUGGCUCUCCAGCAGCUCUCUGUUCUCUGCCCUCCCCUCCUUCCUAGCCCCUGUGAGCACUUGGAGUGGAAGCGUUUUGGAUUCCUGUUCCUCGCCCCCACACGGCCGCGCUCCGGGUGAUGGGCAGAAAUGAGGGAGGGAACCUUUUCUUUGUUGGUGUUGUUUUCGUUUCAUCUUACUGAUACCUUGCUCCUAAGAAAUAAGAGUGUCGACAGAAAUAGAGGAGCUGGACCCUUGCCUCAUUUUACACACACACACACACACACACACACACACACACACACACACACACACACACACACACACACACACACACACACACACACACACACACACACACACACACACACACACACACACACACACACACACACACACACACACACACACACACACACACUCACGAAAAAAAUACACACUCACGAAAAAAAUACACACUCACUCACUCACACACGCACACACGAAAAAAAUACACACUCACUCACUCACACACGCACACACGAAAAAAAUACACACUCACAUGAAAAAAAUACACACUCACACGAAAAAAAUACACACUCACACGAAAAAAAAUACACACUCACUGGACCAACCUGUUGGACUGGAGUUAGAUGUGCUUUCUUCUUUAUUUUGACAUUGUUUAAUGUACACUUUUCACAUUCUUGGUGACCAUUGCUCACAGAUUUAAUUUGCCAACUUUCUGUGCUCACACACACACAAGCCUAUUUCAUGGCUGUAUCAUACACAAAAGGGCUCUGAUUCUCAAAGAAUUCCAGCAGAAACAGCCUCUCUGACGUGUCAUCUAUAUUUUAUUACAGAGUUCCCAUGUCAGGUACUCGUGCAGAGUUUAGCAGGGGCAAUGGUUGCUUUGGUUACGUAUUAGUUGGUUUUAUAUUAGUAGCAUAACCCCGGGAACUGGGCUAAGCUUUUCCAUUGUUGUGAUAGACUUGCAUUUCCAUUUCAGUCUGUUUUCUUCUUAUCAAAUCGCUUCAUUCAACACACACACGCACUCGCGCGUUGUAAACACUAAUGACUUUAAAGCUGUGAAAGAGACAAAGUGAGCGACCAGUGAGUCUGCAUGACAGAGCCUCUGAUCUCUUCGUUGGGCCGCUUUGAGCACAGCGCCAGCCCACGGGCUGGAGCACACGGUCAAAGCCGUCUUCUGGAGCCACGGACCAUCCAUUUCAACCCUGCUCGUUGUUGUGAAUGUGUUGUAGCGUUACAUUUAUUUGGGAGGCUUGUUUUUGGUGUUUAUUGCUUGUUUGGUUUGUUUUUUUUGAAGGCGGGUGGGAACGUUUCGCAGUAUUACGACGUAGACGGCUUGCACCCGCCACGGUAGUUUUGUCUGUUACAUUUUUAUCGUCUAUAUUAUUUGGUCAAAUGUCGUUUUUGUUUUGUUCAGUUUUGUACCUUUUUCAUUUUAUUUUACUUGCUAUAUUAUAUUUCUAGAAUGCUUGAGCCCUUCCUCGGUACUGAUCUGAAAGCCUCCUAUCUCUGUGUUUGGCCCUGGACGAGCAUGAGCUGCUUGGUUCUUGCAAGUGCCAAGCAAUACCGCUUUGCGCAUCACAGGGUUCAGUAUGAUGGAGGGUCCUUGAAGGGCCAGGAGCGAGGAAAACACGGGAUGAGUGACGGCGUGCAACAUAUCCAGUAACCCCAUUCAUAGAGGAAAGCUAGAUGUGACCUAAUCGUAAAAUAUGAACAAAAGGAACAAAUCUAUUUUAAAGAACUGUAAAUUAGUGUUCUACAGGACAAUGGUUGAGCGCCACUCCGCCGUUUGUUUCAAUCAGCUGUUACAUUGUAUGUUUACACAGUUGUUGGCCCAAAGUCCCAAUCUUUUCUUUCUCUCUCAACAAAUUGGGUAUCUGCCCACUUACACAGACUCCUGUUCAUAUAGAGCUCUCUUUGUCAUUGUACCCCCAGUCGCUGAAGAAGUUAAGUUAUUGCUGUUGUUCACUGUAUAAUUAGUAUUAAAUGAGAGCCCCCCUUUU